UUGUUUUUCUUGCUAAUAUUAUUUGUGACUCCAUGAACGAUAUUUAGAUCUAAAUCAAACAUCACGAUACGGUAUUCAUCGUGUAGGCACUGUGACGCAACGUUAUUCUUGUAGUAAGCAAGGCUUCUAUGCAAACAUUUUUUUAUUGCUUUUUUAUUUGAGCAACUGCGCAACAGUUGAAAGAGAAAAUCAAUUGUAAAUAAACGGUAUGUGGAGACGACCCGCCCGCCGCACUUUGAUGUUCAACUACUCGAUACAUCGAUUAUCUAAGGAAAUCAUCGUCAAAUAAUCGGAUAAGGAGAUAUCAUAUACUGAAAACGUUCAGUCUUACGGGCGAUAUGCGUGACAGCAUUCUACUUAUUAACUCCGCGCUCGAUGUUGAGCAUUACACUGGCUUAAUAGAAUAUAUAGAUAUUAUUUUUACAACUUUGAUUGCCGGGCCCUUGAUCAUCAUCUACUGGCUGGCGACAUGGAAUUUGUUGGAUAUGUACAUCUACCCCGAAGAUCCACUGUUAAGUGCGCUGGUGACAACAUCGAUGGGACUCAUUUUCGGACUGCUACUGUGCGUUUUCCAAGAAUACUGUUGCAAAGAAUUAACACCUGAAAUUGGAAAGGUUAAGUUCUUUAUUGUGACAAGAUUGUAUAAUUAUGUCGGUGGAUUGAUCAAUGUAGCGGCAUGUAGAGGUGUUUGGAGUAUUAUGGACAUUUAUGAAGAUGAUGCGUUUUCUACCGCAGUUACAACUGUUAUUUCAACAACAGCCCUAAUAUGUUUGAAAGGGUUACGAAAUUUGGAGUCAGCUCCGUACAGUGUGUCAAUUGAUGCAGACGAGGGUUACUUCGAUGCACCAACAUUUUACAGAACGAGUAGUAAGGAAACAGCUCUGUACAUACUGGACUGUGUGUUUUCUGUGACUGUGGUUGGGUCACUGGUGGUGUUCGUGUGGCGAGGUCUGUGGGCUUUGAUUGACAUUUACCUGUAUCCAGAUGAUCCUGUCAAAUCUUGCUGGACGUCACUUAUAGUAGGUUACUCUAUGGUAGUUGUGACGUUUUCGCUGCAGGCGCCGAUGCGGUGGGUUGUCGCAAGACUUCAGGGAGCCCCAAGGCUGUUGAUCGCUGAUGUUUACCACUUACUUUCCUUCGCUUCCACGGUGAAUGUAUGGCGAGGGGUUUGGGGAUUGCUGGAUAUUUAUUUUUUGCCAGAUUCGCCUCUCUUAAGCAACUGGUCUUGCCACAUCGUUAGUCUGGCGUUGCUGAUUCUCUUAAAUUGUUCAAAUUCAAUUCUGGUGAGAGGAGUUUAUAUUGACGCAGAGGAACCGGCUGGCGAAUGCGUCAUCUUCCCCUGUCAUUACCUCCGACUCUUCUUCCACAAGGAAAAAACAAAACGACAUAAAGCAUUGGAUUUAACGAAAAAAAUGGAAGAAGCCAGUGUGCCUUUACAGACACCAGAAGAAAAAGUAUAGACCAUGAAUGUUUUAUGGUUGUUGGAAUAUUGCCAGAAUGAAAACAGAAUUAUUCUGUACCGAUAUUUUAUUACGAACGUAGUUCCGGUAUAGUGUACUGUGUUAAGUACUAUAAUUAAAAGCCUGAGAGACUAUAGUUUUAACGAGAUCAACCAAUACUCCAAAACCUAAUUAUAUUUAUUAUUUUGCAUAACGUUGUUAUGCACAACAGCGUGGUGACCUAAUGAGCGGAUACGGAGUCUACCAACCAAUGUCGGUAUUAGUUUAGGAUGAUGAAAGAGAUUAAAGAAUUCCUAAACAAAUGUUUAAAUUUAACAAAAAAUUGUACUCGCGUUCUUCUCCAUUGUCUUCGUAUAGUAAACAAAUUACUUUAUAUACAAAAACUAAAACAUAUCACAUUAAAAGGUAUAUUUGAGGAUAUGUUUGGCUAAAUUAUUAUGACAUAUAUACUCUUUAAAAUUAUUUAAAAAUGAAUGAUGUAAUCCUUAUUUUACUGUAGUGUAUCAAUGCAUUUAAAUUUAGUAGUGAAACUAAAUUGUAUAGUAAAAACAAAAAUCGUGACCAAAUAUGAUCCUAAGAAUUUAUGUAUGCUAUAACUUAAGAAAUCACCUUGUUAUAAUUUCAUAGACUGGCGGUAAUGUCGGGCAAAAAAUUUAAAAAUU